AUGGCCGAACUCUGCACCCAGGAUCGUCCCGCAACCGUCCCGCCGCUCUUCUGUACAGCACAGGUGCCACGUAGCAGCGACGCAGCCGGCCCUAAGCGCAAGAGCUCGUCGUCGUCGGACGAAAAGAAGAGACGGGACCGGCCGGCGGAUAACGCGCUUCAUGGAGAAGGAAGGCCAGUUGCCGCAGAAUACUCAGAGAAGCGCAGCUCGAAGGAAUCGAGCAGAAAGAGACGAUCUGGAGAUUCUACCCCGCGCUCGCCGCGCCGCGAAAGAGAAAGGGAGGAGCAUCGUCCGCGGUCGCAACACCACUACGAAGAUGCCCACCGCAAUCGCGAAAGGCACCGUUCUGUACCAGAUGUCGAGGUGCCGCAAAUGUAUCGACGUGCACCUGAACCAAGUAGUGUCAAUUCAUCUCAAGAGGCUCUGCUGAAUCCGCGACCCCAUCGAAGCCAACAUCAUAGGCGGCGGCACCCAAAACAAACGUCACAAAGCACUCUACGCGGGCGCGGGGCAAAGCGCGACCCUGUAAGACACUCCAAAUCCAAAAAGAACCUUCGACCCGAACCUUCUCGCGGAUGGUCACUCUUCGCGCCGUCCCCACCCAAGACACCGAAACGUGAACAUCGCAGCUACCAGACACUGGAGUCUUCACCCCGCAGCCAACGCUCAUCUCGACAACAUCGCUCUUCGACAACGACUACUUCUCAGACAAGCCCAGAGUCGCUGCGGUCAUCGGCGAACCGCCACCACCGAUCUCGUCAGCAUGAACAGUCAGCAUCUUCGUCGCGCCAAGCUCGCUCCCGCACACCAAAUACGGCGGCGCGUCGCGUGCCUGACAGACGCUUCGCCGUGCUCGCUGCUACCAAUCAGGCGCUUGAAGAGCUUCGACAGGAGGCUUUUGCGCAGUCGCCUCCGCCUCCGCGCCGGGAGAGGCUGCGACGGUAUGAAGGUGUUACUAUCCCGACUUCUCAGAUACCUUUUAAUUGGGAUUGCGUAAGCAGCUCGCAGACUUCAGCUGGACAGGGUCAUCGGAAUGGCGAGCCGAGUAGUCGGCAGAGACGGUCGCGUCGCUGAUGGGGAGUCCUGACUGAUCGUGCGUGAACAUGAUGUGUCGCGCAUUAUACAAGGCGGUCUG